CAAAAUGGUGCGCAUCGCUUAAGACGUACAAUUGGCUUUUGUAUACAUUUAUUGUUUGUGAGCUAUUUCUUUUACGCAAGUGGGAAAAAAAAGUUUGAUUAUAUUAACGUACUUUAAGGUGUGCUUAUAAGUUAAUUGAAUUGCAUUUGAAGCUGCAAAAAAUGCUGGAAACCAAGAGCAUCUCUGCUUUGGCAUUCAACGAGACGCCGCGCAAACGCAAACGAGAAACUGGCUGCGCCCCGUUGCCGCCACCCUUAAAGAGCGAAGUGGCAGCUGCUGUUGCAGCUAGUGCGUCGUCAUGCUUCACUAAUGCUGCAUUUAGCUCGACGCCAAAGAAACUUGUCGGGCGUCGUCGUCUGCUCAAAGAGAAUGAGAACCUAAAUCCGUUUAUUAGUCAGCCUGGACUGGAAAUCAAAUCUAUUGCGGAUUUAUCGGUCGUUCAGCAGCAGAAGGAACAACAACGACAGCAGCAGCAGCAGCUACCAGUCAAUCCCUUUGAGGUUGUGCGUCAGCCAUCCAAGAAAAAGAAGCGCGAGCACGCCUGCUUUGAGAAUCCGGGUCUCAAUCUCGAACUACCCGAGCGGCAGUUCAAUCCCUACGAGGUGGUACGUAGCGUUGCCACGCCCACCAAAUGCUUUGUCAACGAGGCGCUCAAUUUGCGCGGCAGCGAUGCACCCGCCUCGCUGAAUCCCUUCGAGAUACAUCGUCGCAGCGAUAUCUCGACUGCAGCUAGCAAUCCGACGGGCGUUGCCAAUCCCGCUCUGGCCGAUGAGCCGCUGCCGACCAGCCUGAAAAUCGGGCUACCAUUUACGCCCACGCUGGGCUGCCGCAUUGACUUCCAUGGCAUGUCGCUGUCGCAGCUGACGCCCAGCAAGCUGCUGGCCGAAAAGCUGGUCUUCUCGCCCGUGCAACCGCCGGCUAAACAGUCGCUGGGCGCCAUCAGCGAGGAGAGCAGCAGCAUGGAUAUUGGCAAGGAACUGGAUCGUUAUCAGCUGGAGCUGGAGAACAGCAUUAACGAGGCCAAGCUGCGCAAAAAUGGCGUUGUGCUGGAGACAACGCAGACGGAGUUGGAGGUGGUGCUGGAGCAGAAACAGUCGCUUGAGCUGGAACAACGCGUUGUGUGCACGCGCAGACACACGCUGACGGAGAUCAUGGAGGCGCCAGCGGAGUCAGUGCAGCUGGAGCUGCCGCCUCAGCUAACAAUUGUCGAGCAGGAGCUGCCAUGCCAGCCGGCAGCUGUCGAGCAGGAGCUGCCAUCUCAGCCGGCAAUUUUCGAGCAGGAGCCCAAUUACGCAACUGUCGAGCAGGAGCUUGACAGCGGCGAUGUGGCAUAUGCUUCCGAAUCCGAACCGGAGGAGGAGAAUGAUGUUGAGCUGGACUUCAAAGCGCCCGCACGUUUCGUGCGCGCCUAUCGCCCGGCUGCAACAGUUGCCGGCAGCAAGGAGUCGCUGCAUUCGAUAGCAUCCAGCAAAUCCGCCAAAUCGGCGGAGCUGCGAGCCAGCAGCGCGGGCCAUGGCGUCAGAAACAUGAUACGCAAAUCCAUACGCAAGCUAAUGCAUCCCAUGCAGCAUCAGCAGCAGCAGGACCAGCCGAUCGAGUCCGCCAUCUCAGCGGAGAAGCCAGCAACGCAGCCGCACAACAAUAUCAUGAGCAGCAUACGGCACAGCCUGCGCCGACGGCCGCACAAGCCGCAGCCCGUCGAGGAGUACAACCAAGCGGACAUCUCAAUUGUCGAUAGCAGCGAGCGGACAAUGAAGCUGCGCUCCAGCAUACCGCAAACCGAAUAUAUGCGCAUCGAGCAGCUGACCAACGAGAAGAAGCACACGCUGCGCAACAGCAUUCGCCGAUCCACGCGCGACGUGCUGCGUCAUGUGUUCCACAAGAGCCACGAUGCCUAUGCGACGGCCAAGUGAGAGGCAACAAAACCCAACAAGUUCUUUAGCACCCAAAGAUUGUCUACAAUGCAACCGAACCGAAGUUUGGCUGCUUAUUUUUUUUCCUUUUCUUCUAUUUUUUGAUCUAUUUUAAGCUUGAGGAUUUUUUUUUUAAACAUUUAGCUUUAGCUGGCAGCUACAGCUGAUAGUUCUGUAGCGGUUUUUGGCUGUUUUCAGCAUUGAAUUUAGCUGCUUUUUGAAUACCCCUAUGAAAGAAAUAUUUAUACAAAAAACUUUCCACAUGUUGGCAGAUAUUAUCUAGAGAUACAAACCAAAUUUUUUCAAAUGUGCA